AUGAGACAACUUGGGUUCCAACAGGGCAUACCCGAUGGUAAUUUGCUUAUGGCGAAAGAACCCUUACUGAAUCUGCACAAGAUAGGGCGGUAUGGCAAGACAAGGGAUUGGAAAGAUUUUCACAAGGACUAUGUCCGUGUUUGGGAAGAUAGAGCUAGUCACAUUGUUGGGAGCUCUGAUGAUUGCAUUGGCUUCCCCGCGACAGAUGUCGGGUACUUUCCAUGGUACCAGCUCAAGAUUGUGGCAUUUGUUAUGGACCCUAGAAAAAGGCAUACAGAGGGUUUCCAGGGAGCGGCAGAGGUGUAUCACGUUAUGGCCAAUUUACUUGCUGAUAUUAAGAGGAUGAGUCUCCUUGGCAUGGAUCCAACUCAGGAAUAUCAGCCACCUAUGAUUCGUCAGCGUGCGCCUCCUAGGGAAGGAGUCCGGAGAGGUGGGAGGCAGCCCAAACUUAGCAUUGUUUUGAGGACUAGGCUAGAGAUCAGACUUAGUAGUAUGAGGCUGGAGCUCAGGAAGGUAUCUGCUUCCACAGCAGCCUUCAUGUGGCCUUUUGUGUCGAGAACGAGGGUGAACAUAACCACUGAUGGAUAUGCUCUUCUGGCCUUCAAAAACAAAAUUUCAUCAGAUCCUCUCGGAAUCAUCUCAAGAAAUUGGUCUUUUCAUCCUGAUUCCGUUGACUCAUCAGUUUGUUCAUGGAUUGGAGUCAUUUGUGGUUCUCGUCGCCAUCUUAGGGUGACGGGCUUGGAUGUUUCGGGUAUGGGUCUUUCUGGCACCAUAGCUCCGGAGUUGGUCAAUCUGCUUCAUUUCAACACUAACUUUCUCAGCGGCGAAAUUCCCUCAUGGAUUGAUUCCUUAAAUGAGCUUCAAGUUUUGGAUCUUAGUAAUAAUAGUUUUAUGGGUUUUAUCCCAAAUUGUUUUACUAAUCUAUCCAAAAUCGAGAAAUUAUCACUUACAAACAAUUCUCUUCAAGGGAGUCUCCCGCAAGGUUUGGGUAGCCUUUAUAAUAUGAAGGAAUUGGAGUGUGAGUUCAACCAUAUUACAGGUCCAAUUCCUUAUGAAUUGUUCAAUAUUUCAACAUCGGAAAGAAUUGCUAUGAAGAGUAACAGCCUGUCGGGUACUUUACCAAUGUCCAUCUGCGAUCGUCUUGAGAGACUCAAGUGGCUUAGCCUAGAAGGAAACAACUUAAAUGGUGAAAAACCAUCAGGUCUAUCUAAUUGUUCUGAACUUCAAAUGCUCGGCUUGUCAAUGAACAACUUUAUUGGGCACAUACCAAAAGAACUUGGAAAUUUGAAGGCACUUGAAAUACUUUAUCUUGAUCAUAAUUCUAAUCUUCAAGGUUUCAUACCAGCAGAUAUUUUUAACCUCUCAUCCAUGCUUGUGAUAAAUUUGGCUUGCAAUGGUCUAUAUGGAAAUCUUCCCUCAAAAAUAUGUGAUGAAUAUUCUCAAAUGCAAUAUCUUGUUUUUCAUACGAAUAACCUUGAUGGAACUCUACCGAAGUCAAUUUCAAAUUGCUCUAAUCUCAUAUUACUAGAGUUGCCAUAUAACAGAUUUUCGGGUUCUAUUCCCGACACUUUUGGGAAUCUUAGACUCGUUGAAAUUUUGAGUAUGCAUAAAAAUAGUUUUACGCUGAACUCUGAAUCUUCGGAAAUUAACUUCCUGAAAACCCUAUCAAAAUGUAAGCGUUUGAGAGUUCUAAAGAUCAAUGACAAUCCACUAAAUGGUUAUAUUUCCCAAGUGAUUGGGAAUCUUUCAACUACCCUAGAACUUUUUACUGCAAACAAUUGUAGCCUGCAGGGGAAGAUUCCAAAAGAAUUUGGUAACUUAAGUGGUUUAAUUCGAUUAGACGUAACGGAUAACCAGAUGGAAGGAAGCAUACCUGAAACAAUUAAAGGACUACAGAAUCUUCAAGAUUCAAACAGAUUGAAUUACACAAUCCCUGCAACAUUAUUCAACCUUAAAGAUCUCGAGAAGUUCAACAUAUCAAGAAACUUUCUGAGUGGCGUUUUACCCCUUGAAAUAGGGCUUUUGAAUGUUAUAUCACUAUUGGAUUUGUCAGUCAAUAACCUCACAAGUUACAUUCCUAGCAUCAUUGGAAGUUUACAAAACUUGAACCAAUUAUCUUUAGCUUUCAAUGAGUUCCAAGGUUCGAUUCCAGAGUCUGUAGGCAAGCUAAUAGACUUGGAGAAAUUGGACUUGUCUCACAAUAAUCUCGCUGGAACCAUCCCAAAAACAUUGGAGAAUCUGCAAAAGCUUCAGUACUUCAAUGUGUCUUUUAAUAGUUUAAUUGGUGAAAUUCCUGCAAAUGGUCCAUUUAAAAAAUUAACAUGUGAAUCUUUCAACUUCAACAAAGCACUCUGUGGAGCUAAAAGGUUUUGUGUCCCUCAAUGUCAAAAGACUUCAACUCUAGAGAAACAUAAGGCUUUAUUUAUUGUACUUGGCUUAGCGGCGAUUGCGGGUGUCACUGGUUUUCUAUGCACUUACAUUAAAAUUUUACGGAAAGGAAAAGUGCUGCUUUCCGGAAUGAGAGAAUUAGGAUGA